UGUUAGGUCUAGAGUUGCUAUGACAGCGGUGCAUGACUGUGUUCUCUAGCGAAGGUUUUUGAAUGAUAAGAAUGAGUAAGAAACGUGGAACGAGGUUGAAGAAAAACACGGGAACGAUAAAAAUGUAUGGAGACCCGAAAGCAGUCGCUGCUCUGCUCGGAAUCGACGAAACGAAAGAAACGAGAUUUUAUAAGAGAGAGAAGGUGGAAACAGUGAGGAAAGAGAUUGCUUGUGGAGUUAAUACGACGAAGGAUGAGUGUGGAAUUGAAGCAAGGGCGCAGGAAGAGUCAAUGUCAGACUUGGAGUCAUUGGCUGAUUCUCUUGACAAUCGAUCAAACAAUUCAGACAGUUUUGAUUCAUCUGAUGGAUUUGACUCAAGAGCUUACUCUCCUUCAUUACCAACCAACAAACAACAGAUCAAAGCGUUUGUAGAACCUUCUACGAAAUUAAGAAAUGCAGAAGAAGAAGAAGAAGAAGAAGGAGAGGAAGAAGGACAAGCAAGCGACAUACAGAACGAGCAGGAACUGGAUGUUUUAGGUCACGUGACACAACAGAAAACGGUGGAAGAGAUUGACUCAGUAUUGGCAGGAGACGAGGAGGUGGAAGGACGAAAAGAAAUUGUUGCAAAUUUGUUGAAUGUCAAAGUGUUGGGAUUGAGUCUACCGAGUAUUACUGACACACGUGGAACUGUCCAAGUACAUGACCUCCAUACUAGGACUACUAAGGCUGCCAAUUACAAGCCACGUACUUUAGCAGAUUAUAAGAGAUGGAAGCUAGCACAACAAGAUCGUAAACUCGGUCAAUUGGGUUUUGAUCAUCUCAACCCGGAAUAUCAGAAACGACUAGCAAAAGCAUCACGACAACAGGAAUACUCGAGGUCAAUCAGACACAAACCGUCCGACGUUCGACACACAAAGAAGCUCAUUUCUCUACCUAUUAUUCCAGAACAGUCAAAGAGAGAACAAGCGCUCGAAUAUGCUCGAAAGAACAAGCAGACGUUGACAUUACGAGUGAAGAACCAAACGAGAAACAAAACGAGCAAGAAAGUGAACGCUGAGUUGUCAUUAGUUGAUGUAAUGAAGGCGAGACAUGCAAGAGAGAAACAGUUGAUUGAUAAUCUGAGAAGAGAAGUAGCAACACUUCGAUAAGAAACAUGUUCUAAUAGAAUUUAGUUGUCAAGCUAAUUAACAUUAUACGAGUAAUAAGUUAUGUUUCUA